GUUGUUGUAUCAAAGGGAUUGAAGCUUGAAGUUGUGAAAAUUUUGUCUUUGUACACAGUUAUCGAUCUUUCAAACAACAAAUUUGAAGGACAUAUUCCUAGUGUUCUAGGAGAUCUCAUUGCUCUUCGGGUGUGAAUAUGUCUCACAAUGGAUUGAAAGGUCAUAUACCACCAUCACUUGGACGUUUAUCUGUAGUGGAAUCAUUGGACCUUUCGUUUAACCAGCUUUCGGGAGAGAUACCACAACAACUUGCUUCUCCUAUGUCUCUUGAAUUCUUAAAUCUCUCUCACAAUUAUCUCCAAGGAUGCAUCCCUCAAGGACCUCAACCUCAUACCUUUGAGAGCAAUUCAUAUGAAAGUAAUGAUGGCUUACAUGGAUUCCCCGUUUCGAAAGAUUGUGGCAAUGAUCCUGUGUCAGAGACAAAUUAUACUGUGUCUGCGCUAGACAAUCAAGAAAGCAAUUCUGAAUUUCUCAAUGAUUUUUGGAACGCCGCUCUGAUGGGCUAUGGCAGUGGAAUAUGUAUUGGAUUAUCCAUAAUAUACUUCAUGAUCUCAACUGGAAAUAUAAAAUGGCUUGCAAGAAUCAUUGAAGAACUGGAACACAAAAUUAACAUGCGAAGGAGAAAGAACUAGAGAGGUCAAAGGAAUUACGAAGAAGAAAUAAUCGCAUGUACACAAGUUACCAACAAAGAAGGAUUUGAUUUCAGAA